GUGAUUGUUCCUGUUCUCUUUCUUAAGUCAUUUGAAACAUUGUCCUUGCUAGUUUUCUAAGUCUACUGCAAUCUCUACACAGGGAGCAAGAGAGAUUGCCAACAGGAAAGCAGGUAGACAGCUUAGCUCAUUCCAACUUCAACAAUUGGUCCUUCAUUCACCUCAGUCUGAUUGCACCCAACCUCUGUGUUAAUGCUGGGUUCUUGAAUACUUGAACUCCCUCUUUCCAAGGAAAGCAGACAAUGCAGAAGGAAUUAAAUACGAUGAAAAAUGAGGAUGUAUGUUUCAAUGUUGACAAAAUACACACAUCACACUGCCUGCAGCCAGUGGAGCCUGAUGUGAAGUCUCACAGAACUGCACCACUCAGUGAAGAAUUCAGGGCACAGCUUGCACAGUUCCAGUAUGGUCCUUCCCUGGGGGAUAUAGAAACCUUUCACGGAUCCUUAGAAGGAGGGUCCCGGAAACGCAAAAGCAUGCCCACAAAAAUGCCUCAUACUAUCCCUACGGGAGAUCCUACGUCACCAUCACACAGAUCUGAAAACAACAAUGUAUGCUCCCCCAGUCUUCCUUUGAUGUACCAACAACCCACACAGCCCAAAUAUAACUCCCAAAUGAUUGAUCUGUGUGACAUUGGCUUUCAGUUCUACAGAAGUCUGGAGCACUUUGGAGCCAAGCCCAUUAAACAAGAACCAGUAAAGCCCAACAUGAUGUGGCCCAACACUCCUGCAUUUGUGCAGACUCCUUACUCUUAUUACCCAAAAGUCCACCCUGGCCUGAUGUUUCCUUUUAUUAUGCCCCCAAACUUCCAUUUCAGGAAUUCCUUCCAACUGAAAAGAUCCCCGGAGCCAGCAUUCAGGAGGACUGAACUGAGGGAAAGUGGUGACAAUAAACAGAAGGUGGAAAGAGUAGAUGUCAACCUCCAGAUUGAUGACAGCUAUUAUGUUGAUGUAGGGGGAGAACAAAAACGAUGGCAAUGCCCAAUGUGUGAAAAGUCCUACACUUCUAAGUACAACCUGGUCACCCACAUCUUGGGACAUAGUGGCAUCAAACCUCAUGCUUGCACUCGGUGUGGCAAGCUUUUCAAGCAGCUGAGUCACUUGCACACUCAUAUGUUGACACACCAAGGCACUCGACCACAUAAGUGCCAGGUGUGUCACAAGGCUUUCACCCAAACCAGUCACCUGAAGAGACAUAUGAUGCAACACAGUGACAUCAAGCCUUACAACUGUAGGAUCUGUGGCAGAGGUUUUGCCUAUCCAAGUGAGCUGAAAGCCCACGAGUCCAAGCAUGAGAGUGGCCGAGAGAACAUUUGUGUUGAGUGUGGUCUUGACUUUCCAACCCUGGCCCAGCUGAAGAGACACUUAACAACCCAUCGAGGUCCUAUACAAUACAAUUGCACAGAAUGUGAUAAAACUUUCCAGUACCCAAGCCAGCUGCAAAAUCACAUGAUGAAGCACAAAGACAUCCGUCCAUACAUCUGUACUGAAUGUGGCAUGGAGUUUGUGCAGCCCCACCAUCUCAAGCAACACUCUUUAACCCACAAGGGUGUGAAAGAGCACAAAUGUGGGAUCUGUGGCCGGGAGUUUACUCUGCUAGCCAACAUGAAGAGACAUGUGUUGAUCCACACCAAUAUCCGAGCCUACCAGUGUCACCUGUGCUUCAAGAGCUUUGUGCAGAAACAGACUCUGAAGGCACACAUGAUUGUUCACUCUGAUGUCAAGCCCUUUAAAUGCAAGCUGUGCGGAAAGGAAUUUAACAGAAUGCACAAUUUAAUGGGACACAUGCACUUGCAUUCAGACAGCAAACCAUUCAAGUGUCUCUACUGUCCCAGCAAAUUCACCUUGAAGGGAAACCUCACCAGACACAUGAAAGUCAAACACGGGGUCAUGGAAAGAGGAUUUCAUUCUCCAGGUUUUGGAAGAGGAAGAAUUACACUGUCCCAAACAGGUGUCUUGAGAAACUUGGAACAGGAAGAGCCUUUUGACCUUUCCCAGAAAAGCCAAGGGAAAGGAAUUUCAUUUCAUUCUGAUGGUGAGAGUGCCAAGGGAAGCUCAUGUCAGGAGGAAGAGGAAGACAACUGCUACGAAGCAGAGCAGUACAGUCCUGUCAUGUACCAUCAUGAAAACAACAAGCUGUAUAUGCCCCGAGAUCUGUCUAGCAAACCAGACUACGUGGUGAAAGAUUUCAAAGAGUCCUACUGUGAUGAGAAGGAGGAAAUGUUGCAAGAAGGAGGACUGGAGGAGGGGAAAGGAAAUCAAGACAAAGAAGAAAACCAAGAGGAGAGAAGCUUUGCGAAUAACAAGGAAUGCCUGAGCUUUAGACCCUUUGAAAAGGCCAGACUCAGCCAUUCUCUCUCUGAUUACCUAUACUUCAAACACAGGAAGAACAGUUUAAAAGAAUUACUGGAAAGGAAAAUGGAAAAACAAGCAAUGCUUUUAGGCAUCUAAAUUGACAACUUUUAAGUUACACUUGGAAACUGAGAACUAGACAGCACAAUCAUGGCUCUUAACAUGAAUUGUGAUUGCCAAAGAUUGGCAGCUUGUAAAAGUCUUUUAGGAUGAACAAGCCAAGUCAAUACAGAUCAUUUUAAGGUAAAAAAAAUAUAGAAUGUUGUAUUUUCUGGUGUAAUUUGACUGCUUUGUUCUUCUGAUAUACAUCAACAUUUUCAUAUGUAUUAAUUUGAUAUAUAAGCAGGCAAUAGGGUGGGUACAGAGGUUUCAUUUCCUUUAUCUAGGACAAUACCAACUUAUACACAAUUUUCUAGUUAUUAAAAAGCAGUGUACUGUAGUGUUUGAGGUAUUAGCUGACUAAAGAAUAUAUAAGAACACUUAUUUAUGCAGGUUUUAAGAGCUCCAAAUAUGCUAAGUAUUUUACAGCAUAUGCAAAAGUAUUGUUAAAUAUGCAUGCAUGAAAAUACUGUCUGUCAUUGAUCUCAGAACUAACACAACCAAGAGGUUCUGUGUUAUUGAAAAUGACUGCUUUAAUGCAUCUGUUUACAGUGAGAAAUGGGAAACAAAAUAAGAUGAAACUCUAAUGUCUUGUCAGAUGGGCAACAACUUUAUAAUUCACACUCUUGUGAAAGGACUAGAAUUGGUUCAGAGGCCUUUUUUCUGUGACAUAGGGUAUAGUAAUGUUUUGCUGCAUCUCUGUCAGCAUGGGAGCAUUUAACAAUUCUUGAAAUUAAAUAGCAUGGACUGAGCUGAUAUUUUAUUUUAUUGUUUGUUCAGGCCAAUACAUUUGAGGAGCAGCAGCACAUUGUAUUUGCAAAUUUUGCUGUAAUUGCACAUAAGCAAUAAGAAUGAGAGAGAAUUAAUUUAGUUGAGCGCAAUGGUGAAUUUUUCCCAUUAAUCUCUCACCUUCAUUUUGGAGAGCUGUGCUAAUUUGAAAUCCAAUAUCUGAACUGCUUUUGUUUUAAAAGAAAUAUCAAAACAAAAUACCCGUCGCCCUGCCCAAAAACACCCCAUAAAAACCCUGGCGUCUGGUACUUCAAAUCUCCCUUGAUUUGACCCACAAACUUUCUCCCAUUAAUAUAACUGACCAAUAGGAUCCAGCCCUUUCAAAUGAUUAAUAGAAAAUAGAGUUCUACUCAGGCUGUUCUUAAUAACUCAGUCCCAAAUUUUCAUCCUCGGACUCAUGUCUUAUUAUAUUGUAUCAGGUCCCGGACAGGAAGCACUUUAUUUUUAAGCUGUAUUAGUAGGUAUUCAUGCAGUAUACGUGGAGUACUUUGACAGAGUACCCUAUGUCCUUUUUUCUGGCCACUAGUAAAAGCAUUACUCAAAGCACAUUCCUUUAAAUGUAGAAUUUUUUUUUUUUUUUUGACCAGUGCCCUGGUUCCUGUAACUUUGAGAGAUAUGGCAAAGAGCCCAAAGCCAUGCUGUCACUUGAAAGGGAAAUGACAACGUUCUAAUACCUUGUUAAUUAACUAUGUACUUUUGAGAUACAAAAUCAAUAACUUAAUAUGUUUAGAUUUACAUAUGGAUACAUAUAUUUUGAAAAAUAUGUGAUAAUGAUUUUCCCCUUUAUUUACCUGUCAA